AUGGUUCUGACAAGGGAUAUACGAGAAGAAAUAGAGUCCUCAGUUAGUCAGGCACUGAACAAGUGUAUGAAAAACGACUCGUUUAUCAAGACGAUUGUAAACAAAGUGACAGAAGCCGUCAUAAAAACUAUAAACAAUAAGUUGUUAAACCUAGAAGAAACUGUGCAAAAAUUUCAGAGUAUACAAAGUGAACUUAAAUCAGAUCUUGAAGAGAAAAUAAACAAACUAGAAGAUGAAAUUCAGGAGGCAAAACUAUGUAAACGAGGUAUUGAGGCUGAUAUAGAGAGAAUGGAUCAGGAAAGUAGAAGACUGAAUUUGAGAAUUUUCGGUUUUGAAGAGAGAACAAAAGAGGAUACCAAAAAGGAGUUAAUUAAAUUCCUGAAUUCUAAAAUGUCCACAACGUUGUCUGAAGAGGACAUUGAAUUUUGUUUCAGAAUCGGAAAGAAGAUCGCAAAUAAAAAUAGAGGAAUUCUCAUAAGAUUAUUCAAACACGAUACCAAACAAGAGAUUUAUUCCAAGAAAAAAUUACUGAAAGGUACUGGACUGGUCAUAAGGGAAGAUUUGACUAAUAUAAGGGUCGAAAUACUUAACCGAGCCAUUGAGAAGUUUGGUUUGAGGAAUGAGUAUAUACAGGAUGGAGCGAGCAGAGAUGUGCAGGGUUUUAAUAUUGUCCAUUUUAAUAUCCGUGGCUUGAUGAAACAUUAUGAUGAGCUUUUGAUGCAGGUCCAAAUGUCGGGAGAUAUAUUUGAUGUUAUUGUUCUAUCGGAAACAAGAAAAAUUGCCGAUGUGAGUACAUUUUCUAUUCCAAAUUAUACUUUGCAUUACAAUGAAUCAGAAAUCACUAAAUGCGACGGGGUUGUGGUCUAUAUAAAAAACAAUUUGACUGCGAAUGUAACUAUUACUCAGGGUAAAAUUCCUAGCCAAUGGAAAGAGUCUCUUGUCACUCCGGUUUUCAAAACAGGAGAUCAAAGUCAAAUGUAUAAUUACCGGCCUAUUUCUGUUAUAAACAAUUUCGCGAAAUUAUUUGAACAAUCCCUCAAGAAUAGAAUGUCAAAAUUUUUCGAUAAACAUGGUAUAAUUACUGACAGACAGUUUGGCUUCGUGAAAAACCUUAAUACGGAGGAUGCUUUACUUGACUUUUUAGAGAAACCGAUAAGAGCUAUGGAUAACUCAAAAAAAUGCCUCGCGGUGUUCCUUGAUCUAGCCAAGGCCUUUGAUACUAUUCCACAUAAUAAACUACUUCAAAGAGUGGAGGGCUGCGGAAUUCGAGGGAUUGCCUUGGAUCUCAUCGGGGAUUAUCUGUCGGAGAGAUCACAACGUGUUGCAAUUAGACACGUGAAAAGUUCAUAUAUGGUUGUAAAGGUUGGGGUACCACAGGGAACGGUCUUAGGACCACUGUUAUUCCUUGUUUAUAUGAACAAUAUUACUAAAAUAAAGAAUUUAGGAGCCCAUUUAGUCUGUUAUGCUGAUGACACAGCUCUAACUUUCUGUGCUGAAACCUGGGAUGAGGUUCAAUUUUUCAAGAAGUCGGUCACCCAAAGAUCAUUUCUAUAUUUCUGUCCAAAAUUGUUUAAUGUCAUUCCUACUGAACUGAAACAGAAUAAAAGAUUGAAUGUCUUUAAAUCAGAGCUCAGGAGUUUUAUAUUUGAGAAUCCUGAGAGGUUUGCAUUCGUAUGA